AUGAGCGACAUCUACGUGGUGGUGCAUGUGGCCACCACCUGCGACGAGUCGACCACCUACGUCACCAAGGACCUGGCCGAGGUCAUCGAGUGGGCGUGGGCCGUCGUCGACGCCCAGCUGCUCGCCACCGUCCACCGCCAGCUGGUGUUGGUGCGCCCGGUCAACACCCCGAUCACCCCCUACUGUUCCCAGCUCCACGGGGUGCUGUGGGAACACGUGCGGGCCGCAGGGCUGUUUAAGGACGCCGUGCAACAGUUUGACGCCUACGUCCAGCGGGAGCUCAUCGGCAAGGGGCUCGAGUUUUCCUUCGUCACCGCCGACAUCGCCAAGUUGAGGGUGCAGCUCCCACGCGAAGCGAGAGAUAAAGGGGUGGCGCUACCCGCCUACCUCCAACACCCCCGAGUUUUCGAUUUGGCGGUGGAGUACGCCAAGUGGCAGCAGUACCACCCGGAACUGUUGCUGUACCCGCCGUCGUCGCUUCAGAACGUGAUCACCGCGUUGGAGGUUGAUGUCGACGACAACUCGCCCACGGCAGAAACGAAAGCGCCGCUGACAGUGCACAUCUACACUCAAAUUCUCGCCCAAUUGGUGCGCAAGCUGAUGCCGGUGGAAGACCACCCGCUGGUGCUCACCAAGCCCUACGACCUGGCCCAGGACGUCAAGGUGUUCCUCCAGGAGCGGCUGAAGAUCUUGUACUUGGCGAACUUGCCCCCGGGGACCACCCAGCUGGAGUUGGAGCUGUGGUUCACCCAGUUUGGCGGGCGCCCCAUCGCGUUCUGGACGCUCAAACACGCCGACGCCGACGGCGGCGCCUCGCUGGCGCCGAAGCUGUGGCGGCUGGGCGCCAACAACGGCCACGGCAUCGCCGGCUUCGCCGUGUUCGGCUCCCACGAAGAGGCGACGGAGCUGUUGGCGAUGAACGGCAGAGUGCUCAACGACCGCGCCAUCGAAGUCCAGCCGCUGCUGACGCGGGUGCUCGACCUGGCCGCCGAAGUAUUGACGCCGUUCCCGCCGUCGAAAAACCGCCCCCGCCCCGGCGACUGGACGUGUCCCCUGUGCGGCUUCAGCAACUUCCAGCGGCGCACCCACUGUUUCCGGUGCCUGUUCCCAGCGCUGCUGGCAGUGGCGAUCCAGGAACUGAUCUACCUGCUGGGCCAGCCGCUGCUGGCGCCGCCGAGAAGACAGACGGACCCGGACNCGAUCCAGGAACUGAUCUACCUGCUGGGCCAGCCGCUGCUGGCGCCGCCGAGAAGACAGACGGACCCGGACAAACAGUUCAACACCAACCUCAUCAACGCCGCCGCCGCCACCGCGUUGUCCUACGGCAACUACGGCAACUACCAGGCGCCGGCCCCGCAGCCACGCCAGCCGUACCCGAAUAACGUCCCGUUUCGCGCCGGCGACUGGAAGUGCGACGUGUGUAUGUACCACAACUUUGCCAAGAACAUCUGCUGCUUGAAAUGCCAGCUGACGAAACCGGCGAUGCUCCAAAACCACCCGCACCACCACCACAACCCGGUGGCGCACCCGGUGAACCCGACGGCGGCGGCGAUCGCCGCUGCCACCGCCCUGGGCCAGCCGUUGCUGGUGAACGGGUUUGUGGCGCCGCCGCUGCUCUACCUGGCGCUGCUGCUGAACGGGCUGACGCCGCACAAGCUGCUGCGCAACAACCUGUUGACCUACGCCAAGCAGAAGCCGCAGCACACCGGCGACUCCCUCGCGCUGAUGGGGCUGGGGCUGAUGGGCCUGUUGGGCAGCUCCGUUGCCGAGCUGUUCAACACGCAAAAGUGGGGGCCCCCGGCACCGCCGACGGUGAAUCUGGCGGCAGCAGCGGCGGCAGCUGCGUUGGGGCAAAGAACCCCUCUGCGGCAAUCGUUCCCGUUCCACGGGCAACCGCAUCAGCAGCAACAGCAGCAACCGCAACAGGGCCAGUCGGAUCUGGCGUUCAAUCUUUUGGGAUCUAUGAACUCGUUGAAUCUUAACUAA